UUUGUUGGUGCGUCGUCAUUUUCGGGCGCUACUCCAAGCAACCAUGAGCUGUCAUUUGAUGUCGCUGUUAUUGUUUCUUACCUUGCUGUCGCAGACCCAAGGAUUUUGUGGUAAGAAAUUCAGAAAAGUGCCUUUUAAAGUGAACAGUUAAUUAAAUUAUUGGUGAAAAUUGCAAUCGUAACGUAACGUGAGGUGAAAUAUAGUAUCUGACAAUUCUGGAGAAUUCAUUUUGAAGAAUUCACUUUCUGAUGACUUCAGUUAAUACAGAUCCGUUUUCAUUUAAGGAGGGUAUCGUUUACAUGCCAUUUUCCUCUACAGAACUAGUUUGUAAGAAAUGUAGGAACGGGUUUAAACAUAUCGCCCUUGCACCGGCAACAGUUGUUACUGCGUUUUAAAAUAAUUCAUUGUUCGUUUUACAGCGUUUGGUAUAAAUGAUAAUCGAAACAUGAUUUUAAAUUUACAUCCUUGCAAAGCGACAGAUUGCUAGCUGUUUUUAACCCCAGACUAAGUAAUUUUUUCCUUUCUUACGAAAUUGAGAAAUAAUUCACUUAAGUCCCUGCAGCGAAUUGGGGGGUGAGGUGGGGGAAAGGGGGUGGGGGUGGGGGGAGUUAUCGCUUCACACCGUACGUGCGUAGCGGAGCUCCUCCCGGAGAGUACGCAUGGUCGCUGAGCAUGUUUCUCUUUACAUAAAUCUAAAAUAGUUUUUAAAAUAAAUAUUGAAUUUGUUCCGCUUUAAAAUUUACCUCAGCCACCAAAUACAAAAGCAGCUUCCCCGCUUGGGGCCCUAAUGAGCCCCGUUCCUUGCCUGCGUGCAGACGUCUCCUAUUUCCUUUUGUUGCGUGGGAGACGUCUGCACGCAGGCAAGGUUUUCCAUGUGCCAUUGUGUGCUGACCGUUCUAAAUCUUGUGCGAGGCCGCGGAAAAUUUAACGUGUACGAGGAAAUUAUUUCUUUACAAUUUACUGUGCAUGACACAUCACACCAUAUUUGUAAACAGUGUCUGAGAAAACUACAAAAACGGCGUGGACUUCGCAGCAGGUAGGCAGCCAAAGAAACUAAAAUCUUUAUUUAGCAGUAACAAACAGAGGUCAAAAAAAAUUUAACACUUAACUACUGCAUCUGAAAUCAAAUCCUAUCAGGAACACCCACAGAAGCAUAACCACAGGAAAAGAUUACUCAGUAUGCAUGUAACAAACCUGCUUCAUGAUCUCUAAAUGUAAGACUUAGUGCAGCAAAAACAAGAUUUACUCAGUUAAAGUUUAGAAUGCUGCAUGUACUGUGUAGUGCUGGUAACCUUCGCGUGGGAGAGAAAAGACGAAAAACCUCUGUUCAAGCAGACUCUCAAGAUCACGUUUCGCAUUAUCACGAGCUUAUGAGUCGUGUUUGGCCUGUCAACUCUUAUUUCUAACCGGAUAUUAUUUCACAAUUUAUGCGAAAUAAAAUACCCUGCCAGCGGGACGCUGGAACACGAUUAGCGACGGCGUUACGCAGACGUCCCUUUUCCGCGUGCAACAAAGGAAAUAGGAGACGUCUGCACGCAGGCAACCCCGUUCCCGACCCCAAAUUGAAAAUCACUUUUGCGACUUGAUGAUAGAUGACGAAGGAAGUUGCAAAAGAGUAACUCACGCUCAUUUUGUAAAUCAAUGAAUAUCAAUUGCGUUACAGCAACAAGCCACACGCCACACUGGUCACACGCCAUUAUUUCUACUAUGCUGAAUAAGGCAAAGAACAAGUUCGGUCACUUGAGACGGUUCUUUAUGCACCGAAGGUUAUCGACUUUCAGCUAUCAUUUAUCUCGUCACGCAUCUUUCUCCCGAGAUAGCCCUGGGAACGAGGUUGACAUAUGUCUUCGUAACGCGUUCCUUCUCCCCUAAGAACUUCUGCGUGAGCUGUAGAAGGUGACUAAAGACGACAACUAGAGACUACUUCGAGCAAUAUUGACAGGAACUGCCGAGAUAGUGGCGGGCCUCAUAUUUUCCGCACCUGACAAUCUUUUGCCAGUCGUCUAUGCAAGAGCCACAAUGGCACAUUAUGGCUCUUGGUUUGUGACAUUUUUCGUAUCCGUUGCUCUAUUAAUUAAAGAAACGCACUGAUCAUAAAUUGUUAAUAUCAGGAGUAUUAGUUCUUUAGAUUCAAAAUCCAUUUUUUGGAUUUUUCUAAAGAAACUCCCCCCAGCAUUUAGAAUGCUUUGUUUGAUGAGUGGCAUAUUCAUUCCGCAUGCCACUGAAUUAUUGUGAGUUCUAGCAUCGCCGAAGGCAUGAACGAUCAUCGCAAUUACAAGCUCUUCUAUUUCGGGUUAUGGGAUUAAAUAAAAGUAGAAACUCAUAAGGGGUUGUGAAUUUCUGAUAAAAGUAAACAAAUGAAUUGAUUUCUUAGUACAGCAACAAACUCGUCAACCUUGUUGAUUAAAAACAACAACGAUGAUAACGACGACGAUUUUACAUACGUUGCCCCGGACGAGUUUGAUGGUCGUACCUUGAGCAUAGACUAACCGAGCUCAGUGACAGUCGUUCGCAUGUUCUCUUAAAUCCUUAAAGUUGCGUCGGUUGUUGUGUGGUCCCGACCUGUUUGGCUCUUCUUGCCUGGGCCCAGCAAUCGUGCAAAACAUGAAAUACGUUUAACUAAGACUUAAUCUGUUUUAGGUUCAAGAUUCUUUCAGACAAGCCUUAUCCGCUCAGCCGUCAAAGCGGCCGAAUGGCUGCAAAACCAACAAGACGAAAAUGGUACGUACGGGGAGGGGCACGUGACUGCCGCUGCUCUGCACUCCUCCGGGUUGAUUGGGUACCCUGUGGAGAAGAAAGCCGACUUACUGACCGCUGAAAUAAUUAAAAACGACCUUGGCUCUAUUCAUGGUGCUAGACUCGGCUCUUACAUACUUGGUGCCCUGGCUACCUGCCAGGAUCCACAUAACAUCAACCAAUCAAGUUUAAUCCUGGCCCUGAAGAGUAAACUUGACAAGUAUCCUCAUUUGAACUUUGAUCACCCCUACCAGUACAGCUGGGCAGUAAUGGCCCUUUGUAGCAGCGGGAACAUCCUCGGAAAGAAGAAGAGCGACUACGCCAAAAAAGUGAUGAAUGACAUUAACGGACAGCUGGACAGGAAUAAAAAUUUUAGCGUGGACACUUUAUCUAUGCAGGUAUUGGCUUUGACUUGUAUCAAGAAAACCAGGAAAAGAAGAGACGCAAGGGGGCUGCAGAAAAAGCUUCGAGCCAGCAUUAACAAGGCGAGUGAAGAACUUAAAAAUCGUCAGAUAAAUGACAGCACGUUUGGAGAGAAUGAAGUUUCAGCAGCUCUUGCUUCUCAGGUGAGUAGGGUGAGGGGAGGGAGGGGAGAGGUUGCUGUCAUUUGUUAAGUGAUGAAUCGAUAAUUGUAGCAUUAUUUGACCGAGGGAGGUGCUGGUGCAUUGUUUACUCAGUAACAUUUGGAUUUUGUAGCGAACGGCAAACAUUAACCCUUUUCUUUCCAGAGAGAAUGAUGGACUCUUGUAAGGUGGUUCUCACUUUUGACUCUAUCUGUGGGUGAAAUCCUGCUGUAUAACAUUAAAAUUAAUCCUCUUUGACAGUUCUUUCACAUGGUGCAAUUUACGUUUUCAGCAUUUCACAAAAUGAAAUUUAAAUUUUUUUUGUUGAAUUUUUACUUUUGCCAAUUCAGGAAGUGAAAGGGUUAAGAUUGACAGUAACGGUGUGUCACCAAAACCAGUUAAAACAAAGCUAAGCAAUCAAAUUAGAGAAAGCGAUCAACGAAUUCAAAACAACCCUUUGAAUCAAACAACAGCUUUUAUGAAACUAUUGUUUGGCACUGGUUACGGUAACCGCCAUGUAAAACGUCCCUUGUCACCCACUGCAAACGUAAUCCUAUCAUAUCCUCAGCAUUGCAGCGGCGUAGCUACGAUAUUUCCAGAGGUACGCAGAGUUUUACAAAUUAACCCUAACCUGUCUUCCUAGUUGUUUCCAUGCGGGUGAUUUAAUUAAAUUUCCGUUUUCGUGUCAUUAAGGUGAGGUAAUGACUUUUUUUUAUUUUCAUUUUGUUUCUUUUUAAAUUUGACAUGUUUCAGCCACGCAAAUGCGAGCUGGCGCAAGCUACAACGCUGGAUUACCCGACCUGCUGGAUUGGUAAUACCUCUAGACGAGUCAAAAAGAACUACAGCAAAAUAAUUAAAUCAAUGAAUAAAGGUCAAUGAAAUGAAACUGGAGCACCCAAAUUGAUUCUCGUGCUUUGAACUUUUUUGUCAUUCAAACUAGGCUCUGUUAGCGGCCGAAGCAAAGAAAACUAAGUGUACCAAGACCAUGCGCUGGUUACUAUCUCGACAAAAACCCGACGGAUCCUUCACCAACCUUAUGGCCACAAUUGUCGUGCUUCCAACUUUGAUCGGAGCCUUACCUUUUGAUGUGCAAAAUAGAUCAUGCCCUACGAGUACUACAGGUAAACAUUAUGGCGUGCAGUAUAUAUUACGCUCUGAGAGAAAUGUAGGUAAUUAUCAUGACGUGCAGAACAUUCCCUGUUCUGAGGGUACCACAACCAGUCUUGUUUCUCAAUGUGGGAGAAAGUACCGAUAUUUUUUGAGCGACCGGGGACGCACCUCAACCGGAAGUGGAAUUUUUGCACUCUUGAGCCUUGAUAUUGAACAAAUGUUUGGCCCAAUGUCUCUUUAAAAAUAAAGAUGCUAAGCAAUACAAAUUUGGUAGAGUCAAAGCAUUCUAAAAGAGAAAAAGGCCCACUUCCGGUUGAUGUGCGUCGCGCAAAAACGUCACUGCUUAAACUCAGUCCCAAAUAAUAAUGAUAAACAUUAUGACGCGUAGAAUUACCUCCCUGUUCUGAGAGAACUAUAUUUAGGUCAACGUUAUUUAAAAACAACAACAACAAAACAAACGAUCCUAGCCUGUGAAUACAGCCCGGGGAUAUCUCUAUGGUGGCCAAUACGGGGAGACUUCGUCCGAAAGGUGUACCGUUUUCAGGCUUCACCAAUAUAAAAGGUAGGAAUCUCGUGAGAUGAAGCAUACGAAAGGGCAGGGAAAAUUAUCAUUAGGUGUUUAGGGACGGUUUCUCUUGCGAAACUUCCAAGCAGCAGGAAGUGAUAAGAGGCGGCUGUUUUUGUAGGCGAAAUCAAUCAGUAAAUUGAUCUAAAUUAAAUGUGGACUAAAUUAGUGUAAGCGGUCUCAUUCUUUCACCUGUUUAUAAAGAAGAUAGCAUCUGGGAUGCGACUGAUUUCACAUUUAAUUCUUCUUCUGUGAGGUCCAUUCCCUUCCUCGAGAGUUGAUCAUUUCUAUCCAAACUGGUUCCAGUUUUAAAAAUACAAAUGUCUCAAAACAAGCUUUCAGGUUAUCAUUAUUAUUUUGUUUUUGAUUCUGUUUAUAGGUGAGGAGGGAGGAAACGAGGUGAGAAGUUAAAAAUGUGAAAAUCUAAAUGACGAAAUAAAUACUAGCACAGUUGAGUUACUCUAACAGAGUUUCAAACUUAGUUAAACAAGAAAGAACGUCUGUUUUCAUAAAAUAAAAGGUUAUACUAUAAGGUUUUCAAACUUGUAAAACAACGGUAACAAGCUCUAUUCUCCAGAGAUCUCAGUCACCCAGGUCUGGUGACAAAAUGGUUUCGUCUAUUCUCCUGUCGCUACACUCAGCUGAAUAGAAAAUAUUUCUGCUAUAAGUAUGAACAGACAAAACAACACAAUAAUACAUGGAGGGAGCAGCCAGCAAUCGCGUUUAUUAUACCAAUAAGAGUUACAACAAAAGCACCAGAAUAUUACCAAGGGACUGGGGAAAUUUGUUCGCUAUAUCGAACACCUCGAUUUUAGUGUGAAAUUCACAAAGAGGGGCUUAUAAACGGUCUAAUGAUCUCAAUGGGAACUGAACAAAACAAUGUGACCAACAACUAAAAGAAAUACAUCUUAUUUUCGGAUGUUUCGAGAUGCUAUUUAAUCCAUUCGCCACGUGUUGCUAACGGACUAGAUGUGUGCAGAAGCUGAUAACAAAGCUUUGACCAGUGUGAUUCCGUAAUUCCACAGAUGAUAAACGUUUGUGUGGAGCUGCAGUUUGAAGUAAACAAGUACUCAAAAGGGAAAAGCCCUCCUCCCCGCGUAUGCGUCAAGGUCCUUAAUGGCACGAAUGCGCAUGACAUCCUCAAAGUGGCCGUAAACGAACAUCCCUGCUACAACUUCACUGCUGUCAACACGUCCUGGGGCCACAUGAUCACCUCCAUUUGUGAAAUUGAACAAAGACAUUCGGAUAAGUUCUACUGGAUGAUAAAAAUCGACGGCAAAUCAGCAGCGACAGGCAUUGAUGAUCUCAUACCUUCUGAUGGCUCUAAUUUGCUUUUUGAAUACAAAAAACUUAAUUGGGGCAAGUAAGAUUAGCUUUCAGGUGGUUAUUUUUUAUGUAUUGGAACAAGUCGACAGUAAUUGAAAGAGUUCGUAACAUUAGAAAGCGAAUUUCAAUUUCAUCUUCUUUCAUUGUUAUUUAAACAAUAAUUUUAGAAUUUUGGUGCUGGCAGUUAAGUAUUUCCUUUCCUCAGUUAAUUUUUAAAUUUUCUUUCUUCGUGACAGAAGAAUAAAGAAUAAAGCAUUCAAAAAUCGGCGUGACAAAGAAGGGGAUUAAUAAAGAUAUUUUACCUGUUUAACACAUUUCCACACAAGGUUAUACUUAUACUGGGAAAUAAUAAGCUUUCGGAAAAUAAGGAAAAGACCGAAAGACGAGAUGAAUCUGAAUUUUUUUAUGUCUACACUGUAGAGAGGAAAAGUCGUUACGUCACGUUGCAAUGGUAGCAAAAUUUCUGGACCUCAAACCGUGGUCCUCAAUAUGGCAGAAAAAAAACCCGAAAACAUUGACAUAUACUCAGGAACAAAACGGGAGCCCAUACUUUUCUUCUAUAGUUGGACAAUGCUUAUGGCCGUCACUGCCAAGAAAGAUUGCUGAGAAAAAACUGCGGCAAUUCGAACAGACGAGUUGUAUCGGCUCUGUCGGGUAUAUGUUCUUCAAAUGCGUUUAAUUCGGCUUUUUACCAUUAAAACUCUGCUUAUUUUCCUGAAAUAUAUCUUUGAAUUAAUAUUUCAUACCGACCAACCAGCCUUUUCCGCCCGACAUUAAACGGGAAAUGCUUAAAAUAUGAUUUGACGUUACCAGACGCAUCUCUAGUUUCCUGGUAAGUUAGGCAUCGCUCUGGCAUCGCCGCUCUUACUACUCGCCCUUAACCUGAGCUCGCGAGGUUCUGCGAUACAAGUAUUUCUCAAGCACUUCGUGCGUAAUUAGGUUGUAGUUAUAGUUUUUUUUAGUUACUGAAGAAAUCAUUUUAUAGCGAGUAGCCUAGUGGGUAUCGGAUAGCUCAUUCAAGAUGCAAUCAACUUUUUUUUAGUCCCUAGGCCUCAUUAUUCCGCGCGGCCAAAGCGUUACGGGUCACGUGAUCCAAGCGCGUUCGCCUUGGAGACGCCUUGGAUACGUCACCGAAGAGAAUUGACCGAGAGGGACUGGGAAAACGCCGUACAGGGACUAGGCAACAAUCGAGUACAUUAAAAACCCGCGACUAAGAACCUGCAUUUUCCUAAGUUAGCCUAAACCGGUUAGAUGGUUAUUAGCAUAAAUUUAGGCUAUUUAGGUUCUUAUUUUCUGAAGGGAAAAACACACAGCUAAGAGUAUUUCGUGGUAUCCAGCUUUUUCCUUCUAUAUUAUCUGCAUACAAGUAUAUUGCAGUUGGAGGGAAAGAUAGAUGUCUCCAAAGAGGAUCCUGAAUGUUCACGUAUCUUUUUGCCCAAGUGAACAGAAUUUUUUUUAUAGAUUUUAGAAAAUGAAAACCUGUUUCAAAUUUUAAGCUAAACAGGUUCUUACAUAGAGAGGCAUAGCUGGCAAAUUUUGGCCUAACCGGGCUCUUAAAAAACCAGGUUCUUAGUUGCGGGUUUUUACUGCAUCGUUCUUGACGGAAGUUUGGACGUGUUGAAAAACUUUCUUGCCUUAAUCAAUCCACGUUUUAUCUAUCCAAGUUUUAUUUAUCCAUGGCUUAUCCAUUUUUAAUCAAUCCAGUCCAUGUUUUACUAAUCCAGUCCAGUACAGUCCUAUUUUAUAAUAUGUCCUGUUAUGUAGGUUUAAAAAGUAACUUAUUUUGGGGGAUUUUGCUACAGUAUUUGAAAAGUCAUUGAAUUAGGAAAAGUAUUAAUCUUUCACGCAUUCGUAGCAAAACUCGGUAACAGAUGUUUUCUGUUGGUUUUCGGCUACCAUGUUGAGGGGUACUAACAUGGUGUCUCCAUAAAGCUCUAUAAAUUUAGAUAAAACAUUUCUCCGAAUAUCUCGCAUAUGAAAAAUUGCACCGACCUGAAUCUCGGCGAGGGUCUUUGUAUAUUUACGUUCUUUUAUUUCCCGGAUUCUAGACUUGAUCUAUUGAACGGUUUUGAUUUUUAUCUUUGAUGGCGUGACAGUGAAAAUCAGAUUCCGGAAUCGGUGAAAUUUUUGCUUAUGGAAUCCGGACUCCGGGAAAAUUUUGCUUGUGGAAUCCGACAUCCUGGGCUUUGAAAUCCGGAAUACAGCUCAAGGAAUCCAGAAUCCUAGUUCCACUGACAAAGACUAGAAUCCAGUAACUGGAAUCCGGAAUCCGCGGCGUAGAAUCCAGAAUCCAAGACUGUCUUGGAUUAACACACAUGCAGCGAGGCAAUUAUGGCUGGCUCAAGAGUUUCGUUCUCAAAAUAUCUAGAACGCCAUUCUGAUUCUCUACCGCACACAGAGCAAACGAAUGUUAUAUUUAGAUACAUGACAGUCGACAAAAUUCAUUGUGGGUUGAGCAUGACACCCAACCUCGUUCCCAGAGCCUUUCCCUUGAAAAUGGAAAAAGCCCUGGGAAUGAGGUUUGAUGACACCCGCAUCCACGCCAGAGCAGAGUGUUCAAAUGUCAGCUGUCAAAGGACUUAGAUGAGGAAAGCAGAAAAACCGGUUAAGCAAGGACCCUGUAACUUUGGGUGAUACGUGUUGGACCUGAAGUGAUCACGCGACGUGGUAAGUCUGCACGAGUAAAAUAAAGUGAUCAACGUACUGAGCAAAAGUGGCAACUGAAAAGCUACAUGCAAGAUAUCAUUACUCACCAAACGCUGAACAGUCCGUGCAGAAAUACAUUGCGACUAUAAUGCGCUGAAAAGAUUACUUAAACGGAAUUAACCUGUCCGAAGGUGAGCGAUUAUUUCAGCGAGAGAUUUUUACCUCAACGCGUUAGCGUAUACCGUUCCACUAAGCAAACUCUUCACGCCGCGCGAUUUUAUGGUUAUGUGACAGUAGCAAUUUUGGCGGGAACUGGCGAGAACGUGGUGGACCUCAUAGUAGGCAGCUUGAGCAGAGACGUUUUUGAGCAACGCACGUCAACCGGAAAUUGACUUUUUGUAUUCUUGGGCAGUGAUUUUGCCCUAAUUUUAGGGCAAAUCGUCUCUAUAAGGCAAAGAUAAAUAGCGAUACAAAUUUGUUCGCUUCAAGGCAUUUUUAAUAAAAGGGAGAAGGCCUCACUUCCGUUCGACGUGUGGUCGUUUUGAUUGUGGUCACGCAUGCUCAUUGAUACCGCUGUUUCUAAAUUCGGUGAAACUCAUUUUCGACCCCAGUACUUACGAUUCUGACUGCGUGCGUAUAAAGCUUCUUUCUUCUCUCCCUGACGGUCAUGCGCAGAGCAGAUCUGGUUUCGAGAUUGUGGUGAAACUCUGUCUGGUGUGGUCGUGACUAUCUCGUCCUCAGUCGCUCGCGAUCGUUUAUUUUGAGGAGAGAGAGAUGGGAAGGAGAGAACAAGGGGAAACUGCUCUUGGAACGAUGACAAGCAAGUAUCACCUUUCCUAAGUUGAUCUUUAGCUACUUCCGCCCUCCUUUGGAUUUUAGUGUGCGUUGUUCAGGCUUCACCAUCGCACCAAGGAAUCAUGAAUUACCAUUUGGAGUCAAUUUUGGUAUUUUUUACUUUGUUAUCCCAAACACAAGGAUAUUGUGGUAAGGAAUCCGAUAAGUGCUUUUCAGAAUAAUAGAUUAACAGGGAAAAUUGCAUCGUUAAUGCAAGGCAUGAAAAAAAUAGAUCCUAAAAGGGCAAUUUCAAGGCGAUCACAUUCAUAAAUAUGAGUGAUUCACACGUUCUCAGUCAGAACAGUCGUUUUUGACAAGCGAUUUGCCUUCUGACAGAACUAGUUUGUUAAGAGUAUUUUGACGAGCUUGAAAGCAUCGGGCGUUGCGUCAAUGGAGACAUUUUCUCUACAAUUACGUUUUCCUUUGAAAACACUCUCAUAGCGAUUUAAGUAAUUUGAAUUGACGACCCAAUCAUUAUUUUAAUAUGUACUUUUCUCGCACAGCGAGAAAAAAAUAGUUAUAAAGCUAUAAUUGGGAGGGGGCGGGGGUCUUGCUGUGAAACUGAGGAAGAUAAUACGAAAUUUUUCCUUGGGUCAGGGGAGGGAGAAAGUGGUUACCACCACACGCGUGGAAUUUUAAAUAGCUAUAUUUAUUUUGACUAUGUGUUCAAAAAUAAGUAUAGAGUUUUCGGUUCUGAGAAUUUCUUUGAAGGAUUCGAAGAUGACGCCAAGAGUUGUACAAGGAAUCAUGCUUAACAAGGUGGCGAUUUUUUUCAUAGUAAGCCCUCCCUGCUCGGGGCCCAGCUGUAAUCAAGAUUUCAAAUUCUCAACUACGUUGGUGAAAUGAUGACUAAUUAACAAGGUAGUUGCCUUACACCAAAUGAGUUUUGAAGGGAGCAAGACAGAAAAAAAGUUCAUUGAAUAUCGAUUGGCGUUAAACCCUUGCUUCGCUGACCAGGGUAAAGUAGAAGGGCUAUCACGUGAAGCCGAUUUUUAUGCACUUCAGUAUCAGGAUAAACCACAUUCUUUGGGCGAAUCCCAGUAACAAACUUUAGCUCGUGUAUACCUUGCCUUCAGAGGUCCGUUCUCAAAGAAAAAUAUCUACGACACCAGCAUCCUGCUUCCCUUUUUCCCCGCAUGCCAAACCGCAAGGAUCGUUCGUUUCUUGCUGCUGGGUACCUUUGCUGUCGAAUCAGUUAGUACAUGGCCCUCGAUAGAUCUAGCGAAAUUUUAAUGUUAAUACAUUGUAAAUACACGACGAAAUUCUAUUUUUAGGAUAAAACACUCAUCCAUGCCAGAGCCACGCUAUCUGGAUAGAGUUUCUUGUGUGAAGUUCAAAUGUCGAUAGUGAAGAGAUUUAGAUGUGGAAAUAAACAUGCACGCCAGCACAAGAACCUGUUUUGUGAGAUUGCGUGAAAUUGAGGCCGGUAAAUCGAGUGACAAUCGUACGUGUUGGACCACGUGAUCACAAGGAGGCUUUGUGUUAAGUACACUGUCGGCUCGAGUAAGAUUACGUCCAUGUUCAAAGUACAGAGCAAAAGUGACUACAUCGAGCAGUCAACAUUUCGUGCAUGCAGAAACACAUUCUAUUAAACUAAAGUGCACUGAAAUGAUCACGUAAACGGAAGUAACCUGACCUGAGCAAUGACCUGAGCGAUCAUUACAGCUUUAGCGUGCUGCGCGCGUCAUAUGUCGCGGCUUCGCCGCUCGUGCGGCGCGAUCAGUUGGAUCAUUAGGACGAAAAACGUAACUUUCUGGCACCAAAGGUAUAUUUUUACAAUUUAGGCGCGAACUGGCGCGAACGAGGUAGAUCUCACAGUUUUCCCACAGGGUAGAUAGUCUAUCUGACAGCUUGUCAGAUAAUAGAGGAUGUUAGCAUCGACAACGAGUACGAGUUCUAGAACGAGAUCAACGAUUUUGCUUACUGCGCAUCCGUUCUGCGCAUCUCCACGUUUUCAAGACGUCCUGUCAAGUUGCACUACGACGAGUUCUCACCAAAAACUCGAAGUGGGUAGAACGACUGGGAAGAGCUGGUUUUCAAAGGUAAAUUCCGAUCGUUUAAUGCAGUUUCUUUUCGUUUCUAGCCUCUCUUUAUCAUCUUGAACAUUCCUUAUAUUAUCUUUUAUGUAAAAUACUGCUUUUGAAGUCGGGGAAAAGCAACCUAACGCGAUAUUUCCUACACAGAGUAAAUUUGCAUUUACCCGGGAAAGUUUCAUGUCUCUCCACAGGCCUCACAGGCUCACGAGAUAACCCCGAAAAUUGCCAUUAUUUGGUCGAAAAUAUCCCAACAGUCGAAGAUAUCAAUAAAGAAUACUUACUUCUUUAUCCAGUGUGGUUGUUGUGUUGAAUUUGAUGGGAGAAUACACAGCCCUUCCUCUGUAUAGGCCGCUGUUCGAUUUUCGCACACAAAUUUUUCCGGUAGACGCAAAAUACGACCAAGGUAGGGAAUGACCUUGUCGCUAAAACGAAAGCGGCUGAAGCACUCUUCCUCGGAAACUUCAUUCAGGUCGAAUCUUCGAUACUUUCCAUGCUCAAAUACAGGAUAAUCUGUGCUGUUUACAUCAUAUAAAGCACAAAAUUCUUCUUCGUCCAAAAAACCUUCCAUGUAACUGAGUAACAAGCAGUCUUGAACGUUUUUUAGAGUCAUUUUUUGUUUUCCAAAUUGUUGUGGAAGCGCUACCUCGACUCAAAUUUGGCGCCCAGUCAUGCGGAAUCCCAUAAUUUUAUUUUCUAUAAACUCGAACUCGGUGUCAUCGCUAACAUAGAAAGAUGAGAAAACGACUUCGAGUACGAGUACGGCUUGAAGUCGUUCUCGUACUCGUACUCGUUGUUGAUGCUAACAUCCUCUAAUUAACUAAACAACACGAACGUGAUAACCUUUGCCUACUUACAUAGCGGUUAAUGAUGGAUUAAGGAAAUGCCGCAUGCUCAGUGAGAUCCGCUUUGAAAUAUACUCAAUCUAAAACUCUCCACCAAAGUCUGGUGUUGUCGUUUUUGCUAUGUUUAGUUGCUUGCGUUAGUACACACCAACACUCCGUGCCCUGGAGGCUGGAUGUUGAGUAAAAACGUAACCAUGUCGAUAUUCAAUCGCGUAUGCCAAGGGUAACCUCGAUAAUCUAAGUAACCAUGUCCAUAUUCAAUCGGGAUUCAGGGAGCUUGGAAUCUUUUGAAAUCUACACAUAUCAUUCAGUCCAUCGCGUGCAGCCCAACAAUAUUUGGGACCAAUGAAAUGAAUCAACGUGUGAAGGCGAAAUGUAAUAAAACAAUAUUUGAAGUCCAAUGUUAUACGAAGCUAUUUUCGAAGCAUUUCGUGUGUCUGUGGGCUUUCUAUCGAUUAAAAAGUUCUAGUUAUUUAGAUUCCGCGUAGAAAGAGAUGUUUGGUUUGUGUUUAGAUACGCUUCGACAUGUUUUAACAUCUUUCGAGUAGGAAAUUUGCGUUGGUUUCCACAACCACAUCCUGUAAGAAUUACGAAACAAAACGUGAUUUGGAUUAGGGUCACUAAAAAAUAACCCUUGAGAUAAUAGGCAAGGCUCUUAUCGAGCUAUCACAAGCACAAUGACAUGUGUAUACCGGCGAGGACACUUUUAUCGAGGUUAGUUGUUUUGCGGUGCACUGUACUUUAAAGAUCUGUUCUGUGGUUUCCUUUUAACGCUUAAGUUUGUUUUGCCAGAUAACAACUGCUAUGCAUCGGCAUGCACUUGAGAAUAAUUUCAUAAGCCCGCGUUCUCAUCCAACAUUUAACUAAGCCAUAUUUUUUUAGGUUCAAGAUUCUUUCAGACAAGCCUCACCCGCUCAGCUGUCAAAGCGGCCGAAUGGUUGCAAAACCAACAAGACGAAAAUGGUACUUACGGGGAAGGGCACGCGACUGCCGUUAUACUGCACUCCCUCAGGUUGAUUGGGUACCCUGUGGCGAAGGGAGCCAACGUAUUGACCGCCGGAAUUAUUAAGAACGACAUAGGCUCUAUGCCUGGAGGUAGAGUCGGCUCUUACAUACUUGGCGCCAUGGCUACCUGCCAAGAUCCACAUCACGUCAACCAAACUAAAUUGAUUCGAGCCCUGAAGACCAAACUAGACAAGUACCCUCACUUGGGCUUUAACCAUCCCUUCCAGUACAGCUGGGCAGUUAUGGCGCUCUGUAGCACCGGAAUUGAUCUUGGUAAAAAGAAGCUCGCCUACGCGAGGAAAGUGAUGAAAAGCAGUAAACAACGGCUGGCCAGAGAAGAAGGCUGUACCGGUGACACGUUGCACAUGCAAGUGUUGGCUUUGACAUGCGUUGAGAAAACCCUGAAAAGAAAUGACUCCAGGUGGCUGAAGGAAAAGAUUCGAGACGCCAUUAAGAGGGCCAGUGACAGAAUUGUGAAAAGUCAAAUGAACGACAGCACGUUUGGAGAGAAUGUAGUUACAGCAGCUCUUGCCUCUCAGGUGAUUAGAGAGAAGGGAGGGAGGGGAGGGGUUGCUUGUUGUACACUCAAUCAAAUGAGAGAAAAUAUUGCAGGGGUUAGGGGAGUGGGGAUGUUUGAUGGGGUGGGGGAGGGGGAAGAGAAAAAGGAAGGGAGUUUCUUCUCCAUUUGCUGUCUCUUCUUUUCGCUUCUCUCUUUCCCUUAUCCCAUAGAAAGGCUUUAUACUCAGGCUAAAAAUGUUAAAAAGAGUUACAGUGCGACUAUGCUAACCAUUCAGAUCAAAGGAAUUAUGGAAUGUCAGCAAAAAAGUAGUUUGAGCCAAUCAGCAUCGGCUCAAAAGACUUUGUAUUUUUAUUCAUGCCAGACAGCUAAUUUAUUAUAAUUAAAAAAAGAUGCAAUUACGUAGAAAGUAAUGGCGAGGAGGCCUUCAGGAAAAUAUAUAGCUUGGAGAACUGCCAAUUUGACUAACAAUAGACGACUGUUUAACUGUGACAAUAGACGGAUCGAAACACACCAAUGACAUCACGAGUCUUCGUAGCCAAUAACAUCACGGCUUCACUGACAGACGACUAAUAACAUCGCGGCUUAAUUAACCGAUCAGAUCAAUAACGAGAGUAUAAUACCGUCAACUGACGUGAUACAACUCACUUUGACUCUGAAGAUGACUACCGCACUGGUUGUCUAAAUGUCAGUGACUGUCAAUAACAAAAGUCCUAUUCAAGACUACGUUCACCCGGACGAUCAAACUCAAUCUACUUUUAAAAUGACUCCUGGGUUCAAACCUUUCACAGUCUUAUAUAGCUUAUGUUAAUUAGGCCUCCUCAAAUACAAUUUUUCAUAGAUAACAUAAAAAUUAGGUGACGGAUACAAUUAUUUAUCAAAAGGAAAAUAACUUUUAAAAGCUUUCUCUAUUCUGAUUGAUUAGUUUCGUUAAGCUGGCCCUGACUGAUAAAGUCGCACUGUAAAACGCCCAUUCCUUUGCAAACGUAAUCCUAUAGGGAUUGCAUUAACUUGUAAUAACUCUAUACGGGUAAAAAAGAUUCAAUAAUAAUAAUUGAUAGCACGCAAACCAUUUCUUGCUCUUUUAAUUUAACAUUUUUUUCUUCUCACUCUCACAGGCUCUGUUAGCGGCCGAAGCAACAACAGAUCAUUGUCCAAAGACCAUGGGUUGGCUGGUGUCUCGACAAAAACCCGACGGAUCCUUUACUAACCUGCUGGGCACCAUGUACGUGCUGCCAAGUUUGAUCGGAGCCCUACCGUAUGACCUACAGCAUAUACCUUGCCCUAAGAAUACUACAGGUAAACGUUAUGACGUGAAACUAGUGUUGGGAAUCGGAUGAGAUUUCAUAAUCGAUCAUCGGAAAUAAUCGGAUUCACCCAACCGAUCCAUCAUCGAUUAUAAUCCAUUUUGAACGGCCGCUGGACUUUGUUUUAGAACACAACAAAAACAUACGAAAUGUAAAAGAAAAUGGACAUAUAUACAACCCAAGUUUUUAAUAUAUUUUUUGCCACCAAGAAGUUUUAUUUUUUCUCGCGAUAAUCGAUUGAACAUUUACUGACCAUAAUCGCUUAUGAUCGGCACACCAUUAUCUGAAAGCACUGCAUGUAUUCACAAUGUCCUGCUAUCUAUUUCACAAUAGAUACUGAGUACGUUAGCCAAUCAGAUUCAGCGCGGAAUUCUUGAUAGCAUGCUAGUUGGUUUUUACUAGAAUUUAAAAUUCUCUUUUUGAUCCUGCUUGUAGGUGCCAAGGAAGACACUAAGGUAAGAAAUUAAAGUGUGAAUUUAUCAGCAAUUUACAGCUGAAGACCAGAAAUUCCAGUUGUGGUUUGACCCCUUGACUCCGUUUGCUUGGUUCGUAUAACUUCAGACAAACAAAAUUCAAGGACUUUUCAAGAACAUUUCCAGGACAAAUCGCAGUUUUCAAGAACUAAGAUAAAUUCAAUAAAUCGGCAUUCUUUGACCCCCUUUUGAUUGGCUAAAACACUCAAUGGAGUCAAUUACGAUUUUUACUUCUUCAGCCAUGUUUGAUCACAUUAUUUUAUACUACUUCCCGUAACACCACUUUGCAAAAUGGCAACAGUCACUGGGUAUGACUUGCAGUUGCAUCUGAAAAAUAAUAUAUCGUUCAUGCACAAAAAAAAAUUUACCCUGGUUUUUACGUUACUCGUGAGUUUUACAGGUUCUUAGACCGAGGAUGAGCUAAAUUUUCCUCUGCAAAAUAAUCUUAUUUCACAGACAAUGAUGCGGUGUAAAGAGACCAAAGUAGUGAAUUUCAAGGACUUUUUAAGACCUUAUGAAGAAAUAAGUACUUUUCAAGGACCUUAACCGAAUUCAAGGAUUUUUCAAGACGACUAUAAAAUUCAAGACCUUUCCAAGAUUGUACGAACCAUGGUUUGGCAAGCAUAAGAAAAACGUGCUAAUGUUUGUUUUGAUUCAUUUUUUCCCACUGUCUAUACCUUGUGAAAGGUUCUGGUUGUAUACACUCUCGAGUAGACUUCGCUGCAUUUUCCUCAGGAUUAAAUUUGAUCGUUGAACGUUUAUGUACUAGAGGUAAUCAUUGAUUACGGAUCCGCGUUCGUCACUUACGGGAACGAAAUCGAGUCGAAAGGAGUCAGUUUCCCGGCCGAGAUGCCCCUGAUAAAAUCAGUGGGUGCGGCUAAUUGGUAGUCGCCCACGAUCCCUCGAAAAUUUGUGGCUUUGUACCACUGGAACACCAAGAUUAGGAUGUGUUCUGACGAACGCCAUGAGCAGUGAUUUUGUUACAAAUAGUUAUGGUGAGUCCUGGGACUCAUCUUGCGAAAAAUCAUGAGUCCCAGUUUUUUCCACAAAAACACUGUUCAGUUCGAUCGAUUGAUGUUUGCGUUUUGCAUGCCAUGAAUUAUUGAUCACUGUAUGAGAUGUUCAUGUAAACGACGUUUCCUAUAAUAAUUAUUUUGACCAGCGCAAUUUCUUUAAUCCGCAGAUGAUAAACGUUUGUGUGGAGCUGCAGUUUGAAGUAAACAAGUACUCAAAAGGAAAAACCCCUCCUCCCCGCGCAUGCGUCAACGUACUGAAGGGCACAAACGCGCAUGACAUACUGACAAUGGCCGUAAAGGAACAUCCUUGCUACAAGUUCACUGUUAAAAUGACGUCGUGGGGCCGAAGUAUAAUGUCUAUUUGUGACAUUACGCGAAGACCCGUAGAUAAAUACUACUGGAUGAUCAAAAUCAACGGCAAAUCCGCCACAACAGGAAUCGAUAACCUCAGACCUUCAGAUGGCUCUCAUUUGCUUUUUGAAUACAAAAAGCUUUAUUGGGGCGAGUAAGAUUUUCACAGGUUAAGAUUAGCUUUCAGGUGGUUAAUUUGACUGACUGAAUCGUUUCAUUCUAGGCAGUAAGUGGCAGUGUAGUUUGAGAAAGUGUACUUUGUAAUGGAUUUUCAGCAAUCUAAAUUCAUUUUUAUUCAUUGUUAAGGACUAAUAAAUAGAUUUGGAAGUUAAAACUGAGCUCUUCUCAGUUAAUUUAUUGAAUUGAGGAGUUUCUUUUUUAUGUGCUGCAAUGCCUUUGUUACGACCAACUAGAUUUGCUCUACCCAUUUAGAUUAGCCCUGCUAUUUGCUGGUAGGGUGGUAUGUAACUUUUCGAUCUGUUGUUGAACAAACUUGAAUAAACUUUAUAAUGGU